CUCCCAGCACUUCUUACCUUCCCAUUAUUAUUCUCAAUCUCACAGCAGCCGACUCACUAGCUACACAUAUCCCCCAGAACAGAACACAACAGAAAAAUGAACAGCCUGCCCCCCGCGCAACGACGCCCGCGCCGCCGUCGCGGCAACCCCCGCUGCGGCCCCAUGCCCCCGCGCCGCCUCUCGCCCUCCUCCUACCAGAUCCCGCAGGACCUGAGUCCCUCCCUCCCCGCCAUCCAGCAAACCGCCUGCCCACUAUUCACGCACAUCCCCGCCGAGAUCCGCAACAAGAUCUACUACUACACCCUCGAGUCGUCCUCCUCCUCGUCCUCCUCGUCCUCCUCCACUUCAGAAACUGCAUCAACCACCUACGCCCAGCAAGCCCUCUACUACCGCCCCGGCUUCAAGGCCCCGAAACGCAUCUCGACCGCCCUCCUGCAAACCUGCCAGCAGAUCUACAGCGAGGCCUCGCUCCUCCCGCCGGCCAUCAACCGGCACACCUUCUGGUGCCACCGCCCGCCGCCGCACGUCCGCCACGCCGCCUCCCCGGCCGACUACUUCGCGCGCAUGACGCCCAAGCAGCGCGGCGCCGUGCAGGAGCUCCACUUCUUCACCCAGCAGUAUUUCCUCGAGGACUCGUGGGCGCAGGUCUGGGCGUCCGUCCGGGAGAACGAGGCCUGGCAGGCGCAGAUGCGCAAGGGGAAGCGGAAGCUGGAGGAGGCAAACGCAAACUCUGGCGAGGGGGACCGGGGCGGCGGGGAGGACAACCACCCUGGCGAUCGCUAUCAGGAGAACGGGGUGGAAGGCCGGGGGAGCAAACGACGCGCCGGUCCAGCAUUACCGUCAUUGGGGCUGGAACCCGACGAGACCUCGGAUGUCGGGGUCCUGGCCCCGAAGCGCUUGACCAUCACGCUCAGGCAUACGGAUUGGUGGUUCUGGGAGCAUAAUGAGCCGUUGGGGAUCGAUCCGUUUCGGCCGGGGAGGACGAAGGCGGAGGAGAUGGAGAUGGGUGUUCGUGGGCAGCAGCAGCAGCAGCAGCGGCGGCGGCCGUUGACGGCCUGGGAGGAGGGCAGGGUCUGGGGGAAUCAGUUCAAGCUGUUGCCCAGUUUGGAGGAGUUGGUGAUUGAGUUUGAGACGGUGAUGCGGAAGAGGGACCAGUUGGAUGCGAUUGUGCAGAUGGCGCGGGACUGGCGGUUUCCGUUGGUGGUUGACGAGGAGGAAAACGGGGAGAAGGUGUUUCUGGUCGCGGAGGAAGGGUCGCGGCGCGCGUAUACGUGGAUCGGGGCCAAGGAGGAGAUCUUGCGAGAUGUGGUCAUGGGGGCUGCGAGCAGGGGCGGGAACGGGCAACAAGGAGGUGAUGCUGGUGAUGCUGCUGCGGUCAGGCCGCCGCCGAGGCUGGUGCCGUUCGAUGCGGAACAGGAGUUCAGGACCGCUGCUGCUGCUGCUGCAGCGAGUCAAUCACAAAAAGGCGAGGGGGAUGCUACUGCUGAGCAGAGUGAGCCGAAGAGCAAUGGAGAUUUUGAUCCGGCGACGGAGGAGAAGUUCUACGUCGUCUUUCUAACGUGGCGGAGGCAGCGGAUCAAUUGACCUUGUGGUUUGCGAGAUCUAAUUUGAACAUAAGGCUUGAUCGGGCGACUUUUAUCUGGCGGUCUAUGCCCUUCGGUCACGAUAUCACUUGAAAUUCUUAUGGUGUUGGUAAUGUGUACUUUAUUAAUGAAUCAAGCACAUAUUCAGAUUCAACAGCGGGUGCAACUCAUCUAUCGUUGAAAUUAUCCUUCUUUC